AUGGAGGCCCUCCGCCAGAUGGAGGAGAGCAGGACGACGACACCUGUGUUUGGUCCUGAGCCACGACCUGCGGUCAGGGAGUGGAGCUUGGAGGACUUUUUGAAGCACCACCCAACAAAGUUUGAUGGGAAGACUAGUCCUGACGCCGCAGACCAAUGGCUGAAGGACUUGGAGCGCAUCUACGACGCCAAGAUGUGCCCUGCAGAGGACAGAUUGGCGUUCUCAGUCUAUAUGCUCACGGGAGAGGCAGAGCAUUGGGUGAUGGAGAAGAUGAAGCGCGAGGUGGAGGGUCAGCGCCCACAGCAACUGCAGCCGUCGCAGAGGAUAGGUGGACCAGCUGGGUCCAGGCCCAUACAUGAGGAGAGGAGGAGGCCAUAUGAUAGACCACACCAUCAGCCUCAGGAGUCUAGGAGCUUUCCUCCGCAGCAGGGUAGAGUUCGGUGUUACUCAUGUGGAGGACCCCACCCGAGGUAUGCAUGUCCACGUAGGGAGGGUUACCGUCGGUGCAACAACUGUGGCAAGGAAGGCCACUUUGGGAGAGAUUGUCCCAACCUUGCUAGGGCAGCGGCACGCCCUCUAGUUCAGACACCCCAUCAGCAUCAGGGGAGAGACAGAGGCAACGGGCCUCAGGCGACGGGCAGAGUGUACGCCAUGUCAGGAGCUGAGGCAUCAGGCUCAGGUAACUUGGUUAUGGGUACUUGCUUGAUAGCUGGUUCUUCUUGUUGUUGCGAGCUCGCGGUGUCUUCUCCGGCGUCGGGAUUGGUCACGACGUCGUCUUUGUGUGCUCGGUGUCCAGUGGAAGUAGAGGGACGCAGGUACAAGGUGAAUCUAAUCUGCUUGCCUCUGCAAGACUUGGAAGUGAUCUUAGGGAUGGAUUGGCUCUCGGCUAGUCGCGUCCUUAUAGACUGCCGGGAGAAGAGGUUGUUGUUUCCCGAUUCAGAGGAUCUCGAGUGGGAGAGAGAGAGACCAUCAGUCAUACCUGUGGUACAUGAGUUCGAAGACGUGUUUUCAGAUGAAGUACCAGGGUUGCCACCCAGUAGAGAGGUGGAGUUCUCUAUCGAUCUAGUCCCAGGAACAGGCCCGGUCUCGAUGGCCCCAUAUCGCAUGGCUCCGGCAGAGUUGGUAGAGCUUAAGAAACAGAUAGAAGAUCUGAUGGAGAAACAGGAUGUACAGAAGACAGCCUUCAGGUCGAGGUAUGGCCACUAUGAGUAUGUGGUUAUGCCGUUUGGUGUGACCAACGCCCCAGUAGUGUUCAUGGACUAUAUGAACAGGAUCUUUCGACCCUUCCUAGAUAGGUUUGUCGUGGUCUUCAUAGACGACAUCCUUAUCUAUUCCAGGACCCAGGAGGAACAUGCAGAACACCUGAGGUUGGUGCUUGGUGUUUUGAGGGAGAAGCAGUUGUAUGCCAAGUUGUCCAAGUGUGAGUUCUGGUUAGACGAAGUUCAGUUUUUGGGGCACGUGAUAUCAGCACAGGGGAUUGCAGUGGAUCCGACGAAGGUCGAGGCAGUGGUAAAAUGGGAGAGUCCUAAAUCAGCCACAGAGAUCAGGAGCUUUGUGGGGUUAGCAGGAUACUACAGGAGGUUCAUAGAGGGAUUCUCCAAGAUCGUGGCACCUUUGACUUUGCUUACCCGGAAGGAUCAACCCUUCAUCUGGACGGAUAAAUGUGAGGAGAGUUUCCAGGAACUGAAGAAGAGACUGACCAGUGCACCGAUACUCGUGAUUCCGGAUGUCGGAAAGCCGUUUGAGGUCUACUGUGAUGCCUCCCGCCUUGGACUUGGAUGUGUUUUGAUGCAAGAAAAGAAGGCAGUGGCGUAUGCUUCACGACAGCUUAAGGUACAUGAGCGUAAUUACCCCACUCAUGAUCUUGAGUUGGCAGCGAUAGUGUUUGCCUUGAAGAUCUGGAGGCACUAUCUGUAUGGUGCUCAGUUUCGGGUGUUCAGCGACCACAAAAGUUUAAAGUACUUGUUUGAUCAGAAGGAGCUGAAUAUGAGGCAAAGGAGGUGGAUGGAAUUCUUGAAGGACUACGACUUCGAGCUUCUAUAUCAUCCGGGGAAGACAGGUAGUAAACUCACCAUGAGCUCAGCUUAUCACCCUCAGACCGAUGGCCAGUCUGAGAGG